CCACGCGAUAAGCAUUAUGUCCCUUUUGAUUGGCUAUGAAUGGGAUAUUUGCUUGAAAACCAAUAGUUUCAUGUUCUAUUGAUCGACAUCACUUUUCGGUCAAUGAGAGCGCAGUAAUUCCUGCAGUUUGUUCGCUUAGUGGUUACUGACGCUGUCCGUUACUGUUUUGUGAAUCUGAAAGAUAGUAUUGUAUGUAAAGCGUAUGGCGUAGAUUGGCAUCUUUUCCAACCAAUUGUAACCGUCCCCAGUGUGUCGCAUUGGAUUGUGAUUGGAGCAAAUGUACUAGUGGGCGUGACUCUGUUGGAGAGGCAGCCGUGUUUUUAUGAUGAUUUGAAAAUGGCGGCGGAAGGGUUCACCACUGGAACUUUAUCGUGAAUGCACAGAAAGCGGCGCUGUCCAAACGACAUAAUUUCCCACAGUACUGAAAAAGUUGAUAAAGAAACCUCACUGCAACGUAUAUGUUAUUAAUAGAGGAGCAUUUGGAGCAUUUACGGUGGGGGUUUUGAGGCCAAGUUAGCGAAGUUCGUUGAAAAUAACCAUAACAGCGUUUCAGAAGGAUAACGUUAGAACUUAAACGUUUCUAAACUGGAGCUAACGCUAGCUAGCUAAGUUAGCUUAUACGGAUAACGAGAGAUGCGCUACUUUGAUUGUUUUUACAUUUUCCCCGACUUGUCAUGUUUUGGCUUUUAUCCUUGAUAAGUGUUACUACUAACGUGUUCCUGACGCGGUAUUUAUUAAAACUGAAGUGAAGAAAUAUCACGAAAGCUAUGUCGGUUCUAGCGAGAUAGCUAACAAUUUGUUAGCUACUUUUGCCGAUGCGUUCGGUGUUGGGAGCUAAGCGCGAGCUAAUGCUAAAGCUAAUGCUAAUCCGUUUCCCACCGCACAAUCGUUUUGUUUUGGUGGAGCAAUGGUUCAUUUCAGUGGAGGGUAGUUAGCUAGCCAGUACAUUUAACACAGCUUGUUAAGUGAAGUUCCUGUAGUGUUUUUUAGUAGAGUUUUAGUAUCAAGUGUGUGACAAGAAUGGUGCCUUACUAUGGCUCAUAUCUAGCUGGCUAAUAUUGUUAUUAAAUAGACCAGCUGAUCAGGGUUCAAUUCAAUAAAAACAAGUUCAGUAUUAUUAUUUUUUUUUUUUUAAAGCUGACUGUAAUGUCUAGUCUACUAACUAACUAGCAAGUUAUCCGAUUGGCUGGCGUUUUAAACACUUUACUAAAUUCAGGUAACUUUAUACGUAGUGUUAUUUUAACUCUUUCUUAAUUACACUGUUGGGUUGGUUGUGUUUUAAUUACGAAGGUUUUUACCAUAGCUUAGCUAACCUUUUCUAGCUAGCAGGUAGCUCUUACUAUUACUAUACUAUUAUUAUACACUUACUAUAGCUUUGACAGACGAGUAUAGGAGAGAUCAGGUGUCUUUCUGUGGGAAUUAUUUCCUCCGUGACAGACUCUGGAUAUGGAAGAUCCAAAUCCACGAUACAGCAAGCGACUGCGGUCAGGCACGCGGCGACGUUACCAUGACGAUGGGAUCUCUGAUGAUGAGAUCGAGGGGAAAAGGACCUUUGACCUGGAGGAGAAAGUAUACAGUGAUCGCUUUGGUUCUGACAGAAUCAAACGCAUGGAAGGAAAAGAUUUCACAUUUGAGUUCAUCCAGAGAGGCGGGCUGAGGGAUCCAAUUAUCUUUGAACGACCAGAUGGACUUGGAAUCAAAAUGCCAGGUUCAGACUUCAGUGUGAAUGAUGUGAAGAUGUUUGUGGGCAGUCGGCGAAUGAUUGACGUGAUGGAUGUGGCGACUCAGAAGGGCACAGAGAUGUCUAUGGCUCAGUGGAGGCGAUACUAUGAGACUCCACCUUCCCAGAGAGAGAAGCUGUACAAUGUCAUCAGCUUGGAGUUUAGCCACACCAAACUGGAGAAUUUAGUCAAACGACCUGCAACGGUGGACAUGAUAGAUUGGGUGGAUAAUAUGUGGCCACGGCACUUAAAGGAAAGGCAAAGAGACUCCACCAACUCCAUCCUUGACAUGCAGUACCCGAAAGUGCAGAAAUACUGUCUGAUGAGCGUGCAGGGCUGUUACACAGACUUCCACAUAGACUUUGGAGGCACGUCUGUGUGGUACCACAUACUGCGAGGAUGCAAGGUAUUUUGGUUGAUUCCUCCGACACCACAGAACCUGGAGCUCUAUGAGAACUGGGUGUUGUCUGGAAAACAAGGAGACAUCUUCCUUGGAGACAAGGCUACAGAGUGCCAACGGAUUGAGCUCAAGCAGGGCUACACAUUUAUUAUCCCCUCAGGUUGGAUUCAUGCUGUGUACACGACAGUGGACACACUUGUAUUUGGUGGAAAUUUCCUACACAGUUUUAACAUCCCCAUGCAGCUCAAUAUCUCCAACAUUGAGGACAGGACACGGGUGCCAGCUAAAUUUCGCUACCCAUUUUAUUAUGAGAUGUGUUGGUAUGUGCUGGAACGGUAUGUGUACAGUCUGACCAACACCUCCUACCUCAUCCCUGAGUUUCAGAAACACUCUCUAGGCAUCGGACUUAAGCGAGAAUCCUCCAGUUCUGAAGCCUUGAAUGGUCAUGUAAAGGACGAAGAUGAUCCUCCCUCUCCUCCAACUCGGCCAGGGAUGAAAGUUCACAUGACACCUUUUGAGCUGGAGGGUUUAUGGAAUUUGCUAGGAAAGCUAGAAUCUCUUCCCUCACACAAAAAGUGUGUUCCUGCAGGAAUACAUAAUGCACCUGCCUUGCUCCAUGACAUGCGGGCAUUACUUAAAGAACAUGCUAAUGAUAACCCUAAACUUUCAUACACUGGAAGACCCAUUGUUAAAUGGCCAAAGAGGCCAUCCUGGUACCAGCCUCCCCCACCCCCUGCCCCAGUAGGUCGUCCCAAAUUAGCCACCACUCCAAUCAUCCCUCGUCCAACAAAGCCAGCCUCCUCAAUGUCAGCGCUGCGGCGGAGGCGUGUGCGCUGUAAGCGUUGUGAGGCAUGUCUGCGGCCAGAAUGUGGCGAGUGCAAUUUCUGCAGAGAUAUGAAGAAGUUUGGUGGCCCUGGCAAACUGAAACAGACAUGUGUCCUUCGCCAGUGUCUUGCUCCUGGCUUGCCUCUCUCUGCGGUGUGUGAAAUUUGUGAAGAAGGGAACCAGGAUACUGGAGAAGAACUCAUGGAAUGCUCCAAUUGCGCGCAGAUUGCCCAUCCUGGCUGCCUAAAGGUGCCAGGUGAGGGUGUAGUAAACAAAGAUCUGCCCAGUUGCUGGGAAUGUCCCAAAUGUGUCUUGGGCAAAGACACAGACUCUGAGUCGUCGGGCAGCGGUGAUGACCUCACGACUCAGGAGGGGUCGGGGGGGCUGAGGGGCGAGGGCGGGGCGUGGCACGGGGUCGGGCGGCCCCCUUCCUCUCUAUCACAUGGGUCGCUACGGAAACAAGUGGCGGCCCCAGAGCAGCGGCUCAGGAAGAGGAUCAAAUUGGAAGGAGCCAAAAUGCAUAAACGCAAGUCAUCCUCGCUAGAUCCUCGUGUGGCUAAAAUCUACCGCCGACAUGGAAUGGAUUCAGGCAGUGAUGACGAGGAUGGAGAAGGAAGGAGAAAGAUCUCACUUCACUCAAGGGGUGCAAUAUCUGCUCGCCGUGGAUUUGGGUCUGGUAGGCGGGGCCUGUUAAGAGGCUCAUCACAUCAAGGGGGCAGAGGGAGUGGUGGCAUGACCACAAAUUCCUCCUCCAUGAAAAUGAGGCGUGGACUUGGUGUAAGGGGUGAGCGCGGAGGUCGCGUUCGCUUACGAGGUGGGUCCAAAAUGCAGCGAAGGCGUUAUGAAACAGAGGAUGAUGACGAUGACGACGACGAUGAUGAUGAGGAUGAUGAUGAUGAGGAGGAGGAAGAGGAUGAAAGUGAAGAAGAAAGGCAUAUGAGCAGGUCUGAAAAAGUUCACCGUUUACGGCGUCGGCGGCGCAGAGGUGAAGAGGACGACGAAGACGAUGAUGAGGAGGAUGAAAGUGAAGAACAAGACUUUGAUGGAGAGGAUGAGGAGAUGGAGGACCUGGAUGAUGGAGGGGAGGAAGAUGAGGAUGAUGAAGGUGACAACCAUUCAGACUCGGAACCUGACCCUCCUGUUCUGCUUGUCUCAGACUUAAAUGACGAACUUUUAAAUGGUUCUUACCUGACUGUCACGUUGCAGCGCCCAUCAAAGGCUAAACGUGAUCCUGGGUCUAUUGUACCCAAACUGGAGGCAGCCAUGUCUCCUCGCACUCCUGGUAAUGCUGAUUUACUCCAGCGCAGAUCCCUUCACAAGUAUCGCCAGAAAAAUGGCAGCUCUCUCUCCACUGGAAAUGGUCUUUCACAACCCAAAGCCAGUCUAGCAUCAGGCCGUCAUACACGCCACAGGAGUUUGAACCUUGAUGGUAGAGCCUCACCUUCCUCCACUUCCUCUCGCUCUUCCAUUUCUCCUCCUCCUCCUCCCCUGACAUCCACCACCGGCUCCUCCCCUCCUUCCCUCCUCACUCAUCCCUCGUUCCGGGAUGUGGGGAACGAACCAGGCUGUGAGAAGGAGGUGUGGGUGUCAGUGUUUCGCUACCUGAGCCGAACAGAACUGGCUGUGUGCAUGCGGGUUUGCAAGGCCUGGUACAAAUGGUGUUACGAUAAACGCUUGUGGACUCGGAUAGAUCUCAGUAGAUGUCGCUCCCUCAGUGCUCAGGCUCUGUCAGCUAUUAUUAAACGCCAGCCUGUCACACUUGACCUGUCCUGGACACCCGUGUCCAAGAAACAGAUCACCUGGCUUACCCAUCAUCUUCCAGGACUGAAGGAUCUGAUCAUGUCAGGCUGUUCAUCAUCAUCUUUUUCGGGCUUGAGUUCUCAGAGCAUACCUUGUCUCCGCACACUGGACCUGUGCUGGGCCGAGAACAUUAAAGACUCUCAGCUCAAAGACCUCAUCACUCCAUCAGGUAGUGAAAAUCGCAGCAGGCUGAAAGGCUUGUUAACUUUGCGGUUAGCUGGUCUGGAUGUGAGUGACUCGACACUGAAGCUGAUAAUCAAACACAUGCCGUUGCUGAGGAGGUUAGACCUGUCACAUUGCCCUGUCCUUACAGAUCAGUCCAUCAGCCUGCUUACAGCCAUUGGCUCGAACACACGCAGCACUCUCAGAGAGGUCAACCUUGCAGGUUGUAAUAAGCUAACAGAUGUCUGCCUGAAUUAUAUGAAGCGCCUCUCAGCUCUAACACUACUGGACUUGCGGGGCUGUAAGGGUAUCACGCGACAUGGCUGUGAAAACUUCAUUUCUGACCUUUCCUACUGCACCUUCUUCUGUCUGACUGAGGAUAAACUCAUCCAGAGGAUAUCUUAACACAGACACACACAUACAGCACACAAGCUCUUACACCGGUGUGCUCUACGGGCUGCAUCAUAAUGCUCCGACAAGAUUCUGAGCUCCCUCACAGAGUCUGGAUGGGCAGGUGGAUGGAGGGAUAGAGGCUGCGCCCCUGGGGAGAGGAAGAACGCACAGAAUCUGAGGAGAGUUAUGUUCUUUUGUGCCAGGCAUUUGGGCUCAUUCAAAGCGACUUUGUAAAGAAGAUACCAAGGCUCAUGUGGUCAAAUUGGAAAUCAAAAUAUAUUGAUCCAAACUACCUGGGUGACUGAGAGGAGCCCAAUCUUAGGAGUAUAGUGAGGAGAGGUUAUAAAGAAUGUUGGCUACAUAUGGCAGUGUAAGGUAUGGGUCUUACUAUGAUACUGUAAACCAGCAUUACCAUGAGUGAGGGGAAAGGAACCAACCAUGGUACAACAUGUGACAUUCUGCCAACAAACAGGAGGCAAUGACAUGCACUUAAAUUUGAGUGCCACGAAAUGUAACUGACCUUGACCUGACAUCUCACAUAGUCGCAAUUACAAACGCACAUGCAGAAUUUGUGUUUCUUUUCUUUUCUGUUCUGUGUGCUCAGAUAUGUCAAGCUUUGAUGUCUGACGUCUGUUUAACCUUUUCUGUCUGGACGGCUUUAUCAACAUAUUCUGCUACACUUAGUAAAAUGCAUCAAGUUCUACUUAGGCCUCUUUCCUUCCAGUUUUUCUCCCUGAGUUUUCUUUGCUUUUAUCUUUGUGAUCUUUAUCCUCAUGUAUCUUUACCACUUUACCUGUGUCUGUCAGUUUUCUCCCAUAUCACCAUCUUCCUCUGUACAUUUGCUGGGUUGUUUAUAGUGUACAUGUAUUUUUAUUUUUCUUCUGAAGCAAUGUCUUAAGUGCAGCCAGUAGCAACACAACCUUUUUUUUUUUUCUUCAAUUUUUUUCAAGAAAAGGGGAAAAAAAAAUAAAAAAGUCACAAUUCCUGUGAGAUUUGUGGCAAUAUGUAACUGCUUUGUUCUUAUGGUUAUUGAUUUCCUGUUCCACAGUUAAUAUGACAGUAUUCAGAACUACAAAUCACUCAUUCCAGCAAUGUGAGACCAAAUUUUUAGGGAGAAAAACACUUUAUUGGCAUUUCGAAAUGGACCUCAUACAUUUCCAGAAACUUAAAUUUGUAUUUUAAAAAAAUAAUAAUGUUUUAAUGUAUCAGGUUUGUUUGAGUCUAAGGUGAACAUGUGUGUGUAAGCCAGAGGUAAGAAACGGUGUUGAAAUUGUACUCCAUACUGUAAAUUGCCCAAUGUAUAGAUUUCAGUGGUCAUACUCCAGCAGUUUGAAAAAAGAGGAGUAAGUAGUUAGUUACCAAACAGCAUUCCUCUAAUUCCUCAGUUCCACAUUUCUCACUUUAUUUCGCCUUCCCCUAAUUUCUCCAGAGCUUCUUAUUGAGCAUUAAGUUACAAUCAGGCACUAGAGGGCGCAGCUCUUCCAGCUGUAAACAGUCAUGCUACAUUCAGAUAAAUGCCACUACAUUCAGAUUUAUAGUGCCACAAAGGUAUUUCUAUACUGCACAAAUGUGUGUUUGUACAUCCUUACCAUGACCUUGCUUUCUCUGUUUGUCAAGUAGGUGAAGUGGUUUCGUCAGUAACUGCACAAAUGGCUGAUUUCAUCAGCACCUACUGCACAGUGAGAGAUAGUAUUAAUGAAUGAACGAAGUCUAUCCUCCAAGCAAUUAGUUCGUGACAGAGAUUCUCCAGGACAGAUGCUGAACUACAGUAAUGACUUGCCAUGAAUAAUUCCACUGCUUUUGUGAAAAAGUGCUGACAUUAUAAUUGAAGGGCAUGGAUUUAUCAGAGAUAAUCUGCAGUCCAUUCACUGUAUACUUCUCAAAAAGUAUCCCAAGAAAACACUGAUGCGCUGGAAUUGAAAUUCUUGACUGAAACUAGAGUUCCUUCUCCAACUGUCCAAUGAGAU